AAACAAUAAUAAACAUAACGUAGUGUUUGUUGUCAACAAAGUUGUGAUUAUUUUCAAAUUUUAAGACAAUUAAAGUGUCAUCAGAUCUGAUAAGUGGUCUGACAUCGAAAUAUAAGAUAUCAAUUGACUAAUUGAUGACAAUAUGUCAACAUUGAGAAAGUUGUCAAAAGUUGGUGAUCUCAUACCACUUCCAUAUCAUAUAACUCCUGAAAAUAGGUUUGAAAUCCUUAACCAAAUUAUAACACCUUUAUAUGGGAAGUCAUACGACAAACAAUUGGGUAUUAAAUACACGAAAAACAAGAAAAUCUUGCAAUCGUUUGGCAAACGGUUGCGUGAAAUCAAUUCACCGGUUAUUUGUGCGGGUGAUGGACUUGUCUGUCCUCUGGAACGGGUCAAAGAAUCACCAAUUGUUGAAAGAUACCGUAACAAAGAUGAGUUUAGUAUAUGGCCAGGAAUUGAUGGUUAUAACCGGACGCUCGGCUUUUUUGUAGGCCAGCCAUCUGUUAAUAAACAGGUGUAUUGUGUAGAGCCCUAUCAUAUUGUUGUCAGUCGGGAAUCGCAUCUAAGUAUUGCCGAAAAGUUUCAAAGUUAUCUCAAAUAUAUCACUAAAUAUGAUUCGUGUGAAAACUAUGGACUCGGAGGUCAUUGGAGACGCUUUCACAUUAGAUCUAAUUGUUUAGGUGAUCACAUGGUCACCGCUAUUCUCCAUCCACAACAACUAUCACAAGAGCAACUCAAUGAUGAAAUGAAUCAAUUGAGACAAUUCUUUGAAGACGAUUGCAGAAUCAAAUCCUUUUAUUUUCAGGCCUCAAGACAUACCAGACUUAGUGAUGAAAAAUCGCCGUUUAUUAACAUUUUUGGUGAUAAAACUAUCACUGAAUCACUCUUUGAUAAGAAAUUUGAGAUAUCAGUCGAUUCAUUCUUUCAAAUCAAUACAACUGCCGCUGAAGUCUUAUACAAGACUAUAAUGUCAGAGUUAAAUGUUAACAAAAAAACAACAGUUCUGGAUAUAUGUUGUGGUACGGGAACUCUGGCCAUAUUGAUGGCAUCAGAUGUGUGUCGGGUCGUUGGCAUCGAUUCAUCCCAAUCAGCCAUUAAUGAUGCCAAGAAAAAUGCCGCCUUUAAUGGUAUCAAAAAUGCCGUUUUUAUUUCCGGAACAGUUGAACGUGAACUACCAAAACUUGUCGAUGAAUUAUAUUCAGAUAAUAUAGUAGUUGUCGCAAACCCUACCAGAGCUGGUCUUCAUCCGAGUGUUAUAAACAUUUUGCGUGAAUUAAAUUUUAUCCGAAAGAUAGUGUAUGUCUCGUGUAAACCGGAAGGCUAUGCUUUAAGAAAUUUUGUACACUUGUGUGUGCCAUCCAACAGACACAACUCUCACUUGGGAUCACCUUUUGUGCCGAUAAAUGCCGUACCCGUGGAUCUGUUCCCUCAAACAAAUCAUUGCGAACUAAUCAUCACUUUUGAAAGGUUUUAG